CUUACUCUCGCUCUGCGGGUCGCCUCUAUUCACUUACAUCGCCCACCAAUUCCUGUCGAUCGCUUCUGUCGUGUCAAGUCGCGUCGUUCGCUGUCCAACAUCGUCAUCCGACAGCCUGGCAACCCGUAGCUAACCACCGCACUCACCGACUUCGCCCUAUAAAUCAACACCAUUAUUUUUUUUUAGAGAAAAACAACCAGCAUGUGCCUAUUCAAGACGUACGAGACACGUGGGCGCACCGUCGUCGAACCGCCUCCUCGACGCGGAAACUACACGUCCCAUCCACCAGCCGGCGUCAUGCGCCUGCCACGUGAAUGGCGCCGUACUGAGAGCGUCAGCGAUGACGGCUACUACGUCGAGUACAGGAGGUCGCAACCUCGAGUCAUUGAGUACUAUGAGCAGCCACGCCACAGCACCACUCGCGCCCGAAGCGUGUCGAGGCGCCGCAUCAGUGAUGUUGACCGCAGGACGCCAAGGACAAGCUACGUAGACCCGCGUGGCAGCUAUGUCGACGAGAGGGUCACGAGGAGAAGCGUCAGCCGAGUGAGGCACUGAAUAUGCUUUGAGAAUUUAAUCAAAUCAAAAGUAGGCUCCUUUUGGAGAGCCAAAUAUAAACGCGAUACCGAGGCUGACGUUGUAGUGCGCAAGUAUCUGCAUGGGUUUUGCUACAGAUGCAUACGCUACCUCUGAAGCGACUAUGAUAACGAAGGUUAUGUCAGAAAAUUAAUGAGAUUUUAUUU